AUGCGAUCAGGCACCGGUACACCUUACGCACUCACACAAGGCACUCCAGGUGUAUCCAUGUAUCAAAAUGUGUCGCGGAGCGUAUCGCCGUCAGUCCAAUCGCGCCGGGCUCCCGUGGUAGACCUGGAGACAAUCGAGGAGCUGCAAGAUGCGUGGAGCAGACGGUAUGAGACACUGCGCGACCCGCCACCGCCGCCGCUUCUCAACUCCCCUCGCUCCCUUCGCACCUGCGAAUUAGCAAAUGUGAGCCCGCAAUCCACGUUGCAGAAGCUGUCGCUGAAACAGCAUCUGUUUUGUGUCCUUGGCAACCCACACGCGCUCAGCUCGCUACCCGACUCGACAACCGCAGAGUACCAGGUGCUGAUGCAGUCCGCCUUGCGCAGCUUUAGCGAGGCUGCCGUGGGACUCGGCACAUCACAAGAGAAGCUUGCCGCGUUCAUCGCCUUCACGAAUCAAGAAAAGCUUCGCGUUCCUCAACUGGCGUUGCUACGAGAGCUGCGACGUCAGUUGGUGGCUGAAGAAGCGAUCGCCGAGCGAGGGCGUCAUCACCAGCAGCCAGACUACGGAGUCUCGAAGCGGAGUAGCAACGCCUCGGCAGCUUACCAGGAUUCCGGUGACCAAAAUGCACACCUUAGUGACCUGAGGAAGGUGAACGUGCUUUGUUCGUCUAAAACGGAAAAGAGUCUGCAAUGCAGUAAGACGCUCUCCCUGAAUCAUCAGCGGGGAGACAGCACCACGGGUGCGCACAAAACUCGGUUCCAGUCACCACGUUUCUCUUCUUUGAAAUCGGUGCCUUUUGCCCAAGCAGGGGCAGCCAACGACGAAUAUGAUGAGGACAUCCGCGGCUUCGGAGCGCGGGACUUUGCUCCGACGCCUACUCCGUCUGGGAAGCUCCCCUACAAGCCCCGCGACGUCUGCUUGCUUAACAGCAGCUACUUCGCGAACCGCAGCAUCCGUAGUGACGGGAGUAACCCGUGCGGCGCACCGCUUCCUACUUCGUCCCCUGGCACCCCGUCUCCAUCGUGGAGAGGCGCCAUGACCGCGACGGCGUUUGCGAAGCUGCCGGCUCCCUCACAGCAGCCGCUGUUAGCUGUAGACUCCAGUCUCGGCACUGUCAUCGACGUGGACAGUGAAUUCUCACUGGUUCGUGAAGCAGAAGAUACCGCUGAGUCGCGCUUUGCUCCGAAGCAGGACCUCAGCAUCGUUUCCAUGAACAGCAGUCAGCUCGAGCUGCUGAACAUUGCCGAGUUAGCGGCCUCAUCGAGUGAGGCGGCCCUUGCUCAACCACCGGCUGCGGCAGUGCUGACGGGGAUCCGGGAAAAGGUGGCAGAUGGGUCUCUAUCAAAGCACACCGUGACACUUUUUCAUGAAUCCAACGAGAAGCGAAGCCGUGGGGUUGCGGCAUCGACUGCAGCGGAGGUGGCGGUGGCUUCCGUAACGGCGUCUAUCGCAGAGCGGAAGCCGGCGCCUUCCAGUCAGCCUUCGACGCAGCGAGGGCUGUGUGGAUACACAAACCCUGGAAACUUCGCGUCCUUGUUGGUCCCUAACGUGCUCGCUCGGCCUGUGUCGCCGCCGGCAGAGAGGACGGUAGCGCCAUUUUCUUUGCGUGUCGCCCCAGCGUCGACCUCCCCUUCCGACAAAGAGAAGGCUGUGACGUUGGAACAGCAGGAAGGGAUGGCCUCGACAACGGCAGUAACGAUCGGUUCUACUGACUCUGCGGGGCCAGCAGCUGCUUCUGUAGCAUCGCGGCUACCUUCGCCGCCUUUAAUCACGCAAGCAGAGGAGAACGACGGAUUUGUGUACUACUGUGCCAACCCCUCACACAGUGUCAUUGAUUCCUACGCAGGUAGACGUAAGCUGCUCGCCGUCACGGUGAAACUGUAG